CCAACCAACAUGUUGUGAUGUAUUAGGGUACUUAAGUCUUUUGUGUAGUGCUGCGAACGAUUUCAUUGUGGUGUCGCGGAGUAUAAAAGGCGACUAACCGAAGAGAAGUGGGGAUGUUAGCGCUAGCAUGUAGCUCGCUAGUAAGCUAGCACUGAGAGCUGCUGUGACCGAAGAAGCAGCUGCUUCAAACCGAAACUAUAGCUUCGCCUUAUCUCGGGAUACGAUCCAAACGCGCAGGGAACAAAAUGUGACAUUAGUCGAUCAGAACUCGACGUCGACGUUGUUUUAAUUCACUGGGGGGGGGAACAGGAGAACUUUGAAAAUAAUUCGUUUGACGAGUGUUUCCACUCGGAAAUGGGAGCGUUUCGGGCGUCAUUGUUGAGAAGAUUAUCGGAAGGAAAUCGCUGUGUGUGUGCGUGAACUCAGAGAGAUCAAAAUAACCUCUACGUUUAAAGUGCCUGCGCAAUAUGCCUGCGUAACAGUCUCAUUCUUACACAUCGUAAUAGUGGAUUAUUACAAGAUGAAGUCUUCCUGAAUGUAACCGCAAAAUGGCAUUUCUUCUCUGACAUUUUUAAACAUUUUUUUUUAAUUACUUUUCUGAGUCUUCGCAUAAAGAAAUUAACAUUUCAGUUGAGCUUCACCACGAUGACAGUCAGUUACAUCUAUGUCCUGCUACUUGUCUCCGUAAUAGCAUGCAGCCGCUUCCAGCAUGCUCUCUGCGCUGCCCGCUGUGGGCAUUCCCCUGAGGUCUUGGACACUAAAGUGGGAGAGAUCAGGAGCUCUGCUUACCACAGCUGGUCGUACCGCUUUGGCUCUACCUACGACUGCUGGGUCAUCAAGGGUUCGGAAGAAGAGCCCAUCGUGCUCAGCUUUUCGCAGUUUUCCGUACGGUGCAGGAAGGAAUGGUUAUCUAUAAAAUCGUCAAUCGGCGGGGAGCCGGUUGUCCUUUGUGGUUCCACUUUGCCACAGCCUUUGGAAUUCAAGGGGGGAAACAUAACAGUGAUGCACCACUUCCUCCCACAUCUGUUCCCGGUGUCAUCGUUUCUGUUGAGCUACUCCAGAGACUCGGGCGAAUGCCCGGAGACAUCUUUUAAAUGCCUCAGCGGUCGGUGCAUUCCCCUCUCCUGGCAGUGUAACGGCCAGGUGGAGUGUCUCGAUGAAGGAGCUGGCCUCGGAACUGAUGAGCUCGGCUGUGAUGAAGAAGUGGACAACGCAGAGGUUAACGCCGCGGCGUUUACAGAGAGGAACCACGUUUGGGACUUAGACAGACGUAAAGUCACAGACAACGUCAUGGAUAAACAAGCCGAGCGGUAUAACGACGGUGAUACCUGGGGUCUGGACCAAAAGCAGACUCGCACUCAUAAGGACCCUGCUGUGACACCCACUCCCAUCGACUGGCCUUGCGGGGGGCGUCUUCAGACCUUUUAUGGGACGUUCUCCCCUCCAGCCAGUCAGGGUCCUCCCCUGUACUGUGUCUGGACUCUUGACCCUCAGGACCCAAGGCCGCUGAGGUUGGACCUGCAGCAGCUGGUCCUGGGACCUGGGGAUAGAAUUACAGUCUAUAACCGAGAGCAAGGCGGCGGAGAAAUUAUUAAAAUUAUCACCAGCUCCUCCAACUACAACUCCAUCCAGGUGGAGUCCCACACCGGCGUGCUGUCGCUGGCGUACGAGAAACGCGCUGGCUCGGAAGGGGGCGGCUUCAAUGCCACGUUUCACGUCGGAAACUACUGCCCUCCUUGGGAGGGCCGGUGCGGGGGAGCGUCGGGGGGCUGCUACACGCAGCAGCAGCGCUGCGACGGGAAGUGGGACUGUCCCGAGACGGGAAAGGACGAGGAGGGGUGCAGGGGCUGCAGCCAGAACCAGUUCGCCUGCGGGAUGAUGGCGCCGAAAGUGGAGGGGUCCGGCCACUUCGCCGGCCGGCCGGUGUGUUACCCAGUGACGGAGAGGUGCAACUAUCAGCUGUACUGUGCCGACGGCAGCGACGAGAGGGACUGCACCGUGUGUCAGCCCGGGACCUUUCACUGUGACAGUGACAGGUGCGUGUUCGAGAGCUGGCGCUGCGACGGCCAGGUGGACUGUAAAGACGGCACCGACGAGCUCAACUGCACCGUCAUCCUGCCCCGCAAGGUCAUCACCGCGGCGACGGUGGGCAGCCUGGUCUGCGGACUGCUGCUGGUCAUCGCCAUGGGCUGCACCUGCAAACUGUACUCGCUCAGGACCAGGGAGUACAGCAUGUUUGCUCCAAUCAGCCGCCAGGAGGCCGAGCUCAUCCAGCAGCAGGCUCCUCCCUCCUACGGUCAGCUGAUAGCGCAGGGCAUCAUCCCUCCAGUGGAGGACUUCCCCACGGAAAAUCCCAACGAGACCUCCUCCCUCUCCCUGAGGGGAAUCCUCCAGCUCCUCCGCCAGGAUGCCGCCAGCUCCCCGCAUCGCAGGCGCAGGCCCAGGUUCAUCCGCCGCGCCGUCCGCCGCAUGAGGAGGUGGGGCCUCAUCCCCAGGCCCCCCUCCCGGCCGACCCAGACCUCGAGCUCCGGGCAGCAGUCGGACGCCGCUCCCUCCGGUCAGGAGGCGGCCCGCUCCGCCACCACCGGCUCGUCGUCGGCCGUGGAGGCGGUCAACCAGCCGGUGCCCCAGAAACUCGGCCUCUUGGCUCAGUCGGAGCACCAGCACCAGCACCAGGAAGCCCUGCUGCCGCUGCCCCCGCCGCCCGUCGCCUCCCCUCCUCCGCCCCCGUACGCUCCCCCGGCUCCGGCCCCGGCCGCUCCCCACACUCCUCCGGUCGCGGUCCCGCCGAGUAGCCCCUCUCUGGCUUCCAUCUUGCACACGUUAGGCCUGAGCAUCUCCCUCUUCAGAGGCUCGCCCUCCUCCUCCUCCUCCUCCUCGUCCUCCUCCACCAACUCCAUGCCCCUCUCCGCCUCUCCGUCUUUCUCCUCGUCUUCCUCCGACGACGAGGUGCUGCUCAUCCCCCUGUCUGAAGACACCACUUCAGAGGACGACGUGCCCAUGCUCACCUGAACGACUUCCUCCCUCGCCCAGUACCCACCCCCACCCCCACCCCCACCCCCACCCCUCUCCUCUAUCGCCUCUACUCACCGAUAAUAACUGAAACCCAGUCUUUCCACGUUAGUUCGAACUCAAGCACAGGAGUGGCCCGCGACGAGACUCGUCCUCUCCGUGCAAGUCUGGUGCCUUUUGCAAUUGCUUUGAGUUGGAUUUGUUGACAUAUGGAAUCAAGUAUUUGACCUUCUUCUUCUUCUUUUAUUUUUUUUUUCUUUUAAAAGACCUCCUUAGCAAGGUGUAGAUGAAAGGGUGUUGUAUGUCGGAGACAAAGCGUAGGUGAGUAUUGAGUGUGCACUUAAUUAACGCUGGGCUGCACAUCGAAGGUAAACUUUUGCACAGAAGAAUCUUCCCUAUCCAGACACUGAGGCCGGCUUCUGUCAGGCUGAAUGAUCAGAGUUCUUAAAAUGGAAACUAUUAUGUUUGUAUGACUGCAACUGUGUGAAUGCAAUUGCAUCUUAGUCUUACAUGGACAGUGGAGUGCGGCUCUAGAUGUGGGUCGCUCCAUAUACUUCUGCCACUUGCAUCUAAUCUCAUAUCACAUAUGUAUAUUAAAAAAAAAAACAAGAAAUCAUUUCCCCUGUUGAAGUGCCUUUUAAGGAGACGGCUUGAGGAGACUGAGAUAAUUCCUGAACACACACUGCACACAGAAACCCACAGAGGCUCACGUUUUCCUCACGUCACAGCACGAACGCGGGGAGGGGAAAAAAAAAAUGCAUGUGUUAUCUGCGAGCUGGCAAUAAUAACGACCUCCCCCCGAGCCCCCGACUUCUUCAGUGCACAUUGAUCGCAACGUAACACGUGGCGUGCGCAAGUAAGACACGGGUGUAUCCUUCCCAAGUGAAUGAAUGUAAAAGCAAAUGUGUCAAAAGACAAUCUCUUCGGUGCCUGAUUAUGUGUUUGCGUGGGUGUAGUGUGUGCAGAGAGAUGAGGCGCCCCGGGCGAUGAAAAGGGGGGGGCCCCCAAAGUCACAAAACCAACCUCAAUUCCUGACGGGACUUAAUCACAAUCUGUCACGUUUUAAAACAACACACUCGUCGUGUGCCAUUUGUAUUAUUAUUAUUGUACAUUUUACGGUGUUUCAUUUGAGCUGCAUAUCUCUUUCUUUUUUUUUUUUUCCCCCUCUUAAGUUGUUCUGUUUGCUUUGUUGAAUGUAUUAGAGUCGGUGUGGACUAGCCAGAUGUUUUAAAUUUGCAAUGUAAUGAGGUAAACGAGAGAGAAAGUGAUUUUACGAGUCAAUUUCACUGUAUAUAAGUAAAAAUGUGGCUGAGAUUAAACGAUUUGCACUUUUA